CCAAUGUGGCAGCUAAUUGGGUGGCGGGUCACCAAAAGGAGAAACUUGUCCCCAGGGGACUGGCUGUUCUCUGUCCAUGAUCCCAAAAGAAAAUGCCAAAAUAAUUUAUUAAAAGCCAUCAAAUUAUCUUUGUCCUGAAGGUUCAUUGCUGCUUGAACAUGUCGGGCAAGUACGGUAUCGGAUACCCGUCCUUUUCCUUCUGCUAAUUAAGGCCAAGUGUGUAUGUUCUACUUCUACCCAGCAGCACACAAUUUUGUUUCUCCUUUUUCUCAAACGCACACAUAAAAAUAAUGCAAAGUUACAAAUUUUGAUCAACAACCAUCAUGGACUCUGAUUUCCCCUUCAAGUGCCUUUCUCAUUCUCAACAGGAGAAUAAUACGAUGGGAAAAGAAAUGGCUGAGAAGAGGACAAGUACUAUGAGUGUGGAGCUUGCAAUCCAAAGAGAGCUGGCAUUUAGAAGGAAGAUUGAAGAGUUGCAAUUGCAACCAUAUGUUGACUCUGGAGAUGAAAUCAUGCCAGUGCAGCAGGUGCAAUUUCCACAUCCAAACCCUUCAAGACCAAAUCUGAAUUCCAGUCCAAGGCUUUCUGGAAGAGAGCAACUAGCAUCACUGAGCAGCCUCGAAUGCCUGCCAAGUCCAAUACCAAGUCAAAUUCCUUCUUCGAGGCCACAUAUCAGUUUUGGUCCUAGGAUUUCUGAGAGAAAGCAACUAGCAUCAUCAAGCAAGAGCCCACCUCCUCAACAGUUGCAAGCAUUUAAUGGUGGCAGUCUCAAUCAUCAGUCAGCCAAUGUUUUCUGUAUAGUCUGUCAAGUGCCCUGCUCAGGUUCCCUUAACUAUAAGCAACACCUAAAUGGUAAAAAGCACAAACUUAAACUUAAAGAACUAAAUUUUGGUAGGACUGAUGGUGGUGACAUCUGUGCAAUGGCAAACCAGAAAUUGUGGUGCGAAUUGUGUAAAAUUUGGUGCACCGAUGAUAAUUUGCUGAAGCUGCACUUAGCAGGACAAAAGCACAAGAAAAUGCAAGCAAAGCUAGAGCGUGCUACAGCAGCGGAAGUUGAUAUCGUCGAGGAGAAGAAUUGGUGUGGAUUGUGUGGCAUUGGAUGCUCAAGUAAAGAGUUACUCCAGUUGCAUUUUAAUGGUAAGAAGCACCAGGCUGAAUUAAGAAAGCUAGAAUGUGCCCAGAAAGGCAGAGAAGAAGCACAAAAUCAGCAAAAGAGAUGCAAAUUUGGUAAUAUUUGGUGCGAAGGCAAGAAUUUAUUGCAGAUGCAUCUCAUGGAGAAAAAAAAAUUCUUAUAUAAGGUAGAGGUGAAAAAGAGACAAUGGCAAGACUUGAUCAGAGAUGAAGGAAAUAGCUAGAUGACAAACUACUAAAUGGGGCAUGACUGGAAGAUAAAUGCGUUUCUUUCACUUGGCAGCUUCAAAAGCAGGCACCGUCUUUAUUAUAUCGUGCUUUUUCUUUCUGAAUUUGGAAGAAUAUUUGAUAUUCUACAAGGUGAAUUGUAGAAACAAUGGACUACAGUGAGAGAUGCUGCAAUGGAUAAUCACUCUAGCAACAGAAAUGUGUUACAUUAACAAUUUUUCUAACAUUU